AUGGCAGACUAUAGCCGCCUCCCUCCCGACGUGGUCCUAUUUGGCCCCGACGGCAACUGCACACUCGAGAUAUGCCCGAUCGAGGCCAGCCUGUAUGGCUACAGGCCCAGCCUGAGCGCAAGCAUCUCCUUCAUCGUCCUCUAUGCCCUAUCGGCCUGCAUUCACAUAUACCUCGGCUGGCGGUGGAAGAAGUGGUUCUUCAUGAGUUGUAUGGUCCUGGGCGCACUCAAUGCCAUUGCGGGCUACGCCGGCCGGAUUAUAUUGUACAAUAACCCCUUUGACUUCACUGGGUUCAUGCUCCAAAUCGUUUGCAUAACGAGCGGCCCGGUAUAUUUCACAGCGGCUAUCUACGUGUCACUCGCCGCGACAAUUCAAUACUUCGCCCCCGAAAUAUCUCGCUUCCGGCCGCGCCUCUACUACUGGAUCUUCAUUCCCGGCGACCUGAUCUGUCUGGUAAUUCAAGCAGCAGGCGGCGCCAUGUCGACGACGUCCAAGGGCGCCAACCAGACGGGCGUCGACCUCGCGCUCGCGGGGCUCGUGCUCCAGGUUGUCUUUAUGCUCAUCUUCUGCGCCCUGUUCGGCGACUACCUGAUUCGCUAUGCCCGCGCCUCGCGGGCCGUCGGCGGGCCCAAGUUCACGAGGCGGCUGGGCCUCUUCUUCGGCUUCAUCGCCACGGCGACGCUGCUCAUCCUGACCCGCUGCGCCUACCGUCUUGCGGAGCUGCAUGAAGGGUAUGGUGGCAAGUUGGUCAGGGAUGAGGGGCUGUUUAUUGGUCUUGAGGGGGUAAUGAUCAUCAUAGCUGUCUAUUGCCUCAUGGUCGGGCACCCGGGGCUCGUCUUUGGAAAUGGAAAGCAUGCCGGUGAGGACUCCAUUAAUUACGACUCCCAGACAAGCGAGCAAAAACCAUACACUGCUGGGUCAUGA